CGUCCAUCGCUGAUACAGGUGGUCAGCAGCAAGGAAGGAAUGGUGAAAACUUAAAAAGCAAGAAAUAUAUUGACUCGCAUAUAAGAAAAAUUUGAGACACAUACGAACAGUAUGUCCGGAGACGAGAUGAUAUUCGAUCCCACCAUGACCAAGAAAAAGAAGAAGAAGAAGAAGCCGUUCAUGCUGGAGGAGGAUGUAGGAGAAAUCCCCAGUGAGGAUGCGCAACCGCCCGAGGCCAAGGAGGUAGAGCCUGAAGGAGGAGAGGAGAAAGAGCAUGACCUGGAUGAGGAUGAAGGGAAGAAGAAAGAACCCACAGAUGAUCUGGAUGAUUUAAACUUUUUCAACCAGAAGAAAAAGAAAAAGAAACCCAAGAGGAACUUUGACAAUGACCUAGAGGAAGGAAUGAAGGAGCUGAAGAUUGAGGUAGAGCCGUCGGAGCCACUAGAAGACGAUGACCUCGACCUAACGUCAACGAAGAGGCAAGACAAGGAUGAGGCGCUGGAGGAUGACGAUGGGAAGAACAAUGACGGCAUCACAUUCAGCACGCAGUCGGGGCCAGCGUGGGCCGGGUCCGAAAGAGACUACACGUACGAUGAGCUGCUCAACCGCGUUUUCAACAUAAUGCGGGAAAAGAACCCGGACAUGGUGGCCGGAGAGAAGAGGAAAUUCGUCAUGAAGCCACCGCAGGUUGUCAGAGUGGGCACCAAGAAGACCUCGUUUGUCAACUUCACAGACAUCUGCAAGCUGUUGCAUCGUCAGCCAAAACAUCUUUUGGCCUUCUUGUUGGCUGAACUUGGGACAAGCGGCUCCAUAGAUGGAAAUAACCAGCUUGUGAUCAAAGGAAGAUUCCAACAGAAACAGAUAGAAAAUGUCUUACGACGAUACAUCAAGGAGUAUGUGACGUGCCAUACCUGCCGCUCUCCGGAGACGAUCCUGCAGAAGGACACACGGCUAUACUUCCUGCAGUGUGAGACGUGCCAUUCUCGCUGCUCUGUGGCCAGCAUCAAGACCGGCUUCCAGGCCGUCACGGGCAAGAGAGCACAGCUCCGUGCCAAGGCUAACUGAGGCCUCCCCCUGUCCCGCUCACUGCACUGCGUCAGGGGCAGACCGGACUCUUUUAUGAACUGCGGGUGGGUUUGUUACUGCGACAUUGCCCGUUAAAUUUACAUCAAUAAAACUCGUAUAAGCUGGAUGACCGUAUGCUGUCUAACUGUUCUGUGACAUGGUAAUUCCAGUUCUACAGUGUUGCUAUGGUGAUUUUUUUAGUCCCC